AGCUGGCAGGUAGGUUUUGUAGCUAUGGAGGGUAUCGAGCUCGGCGCUCCAACCUACGACACCAAGACGCCAGAUUCUGACAAUGCCGACAGCAGCAAUCCAGAAAGAACUUCUCUGGAAGACAAAAGCUGCUCAUUCUCAGAUAUGGUGCAGCAGUUCAUGACUUCCUUGCUGUGCGAGUUGCUGCGCGGGAUCUCCCAGGUGCCGCUCUGCGGCAGCCUCACUGCGGGUGUCCUCUGCGGCCUGGCGCUGGCCUUCGCAGAUCUCGAGGUCUGCGCCUUGGCCUUGCUGGGCUGCGCGGCCCAGACCUGCAUGGCACACAUCUGCAGGUUGGACGCUAAGAGCAUCAGUGAGGGCACCUUUGGCUACAAUGGCGUCCUGAUCGGCUGUGCCCUCGCAACGUUCUGUUCGUUGAGCUUCGCCUGGAUCGCUCUCACCACGAUACUCCUGGGUGCUGCCUCAGCGCUGCUCACUGCCCUCUUGGCUCGCCUCCCGGUGCAGUUCUCCUUUGCCUUCAACCUGCUGACCUUGGUGACUUUGGGCACCAUGAGCGCUGCCACCGGACGGAGGGUCGUGCCCGCCGAGGCUGGGGCCUUGAGCUGGGCUGGAGACUUCCACCUGCUUAGCGCCGGAGACUGGGUGGAAUCCACCCUGAAUGGGGUCGCGCAGAUGAUGUUUGUCCGCAGCCCUUUGAGCGGGGUCCUGGUGUUCCUGGGGUGCCUGUACGAGAGCCCCUACGGCGCUUUCAGUGUUUUAGCCGCCUCUCUGAUCGGGGCCUUGGGCGGCGCAUUUUGCGGCGCGCCGGCUGCCCAUGUGGAGGCUGGGCUUUGGGGCUACAACGCUGCUCUCACCGUUGCUUGGAUUUCUUUGUGCUCAUUGCCAACAGCAGCUUCAAUAGCCUUCGUGUGUAUCGGCGCUGUACUGGCAACAGCACUGUACGCUGGCUUGGCUUGGGCGUUUGCCGCUUUUCCGGGGCUGCCUUGCCUGUCGCUGCCCUUCUGUAUUGCGUCUCUGCUGUGCUUCAUGCUCAUGAUCCCCAUGCGGUGGGCAAAGAGACCGCAGAGUGCUGAGAAUGCUGAGAGUGCUGAGAGUGCUCCGCCAAGCAGCCAAGUGUGAGCUGCCUCGAGCGGGGUAUGGGGUGGUAGCCGAGAGCCACUGCAACGGGCGCCAGCCCCAGCACGCUUGCAAAACUACCCGGAUUUGGAGUGCGAGUUAUGAUGUGUGAGACCUUGAAGAAUUGUGCGAAACCAAACGGGCCGUCUCUCUUCCUGGCUUUCUCUUGGUGUGUUGCAUAGAGAUUUGCUGCAUCAGAAGAUGCUGCACUGCACAGCACUGGACGACGAUCUACUUGUAGAAUAAUGAUGCUGAGUUUCUCCCUUUCAGGCAACAUCGCUUGAAGCUCUGCCAUUGAU